ACGUAUGAGCGAAGAUAAAAUAGACACUUCAUACGUUUUAAAAGUAUUUCAGAUAAUGUAAAUGUUAAUCAUUUAUUCGUUGUAGUCGUAGUUUCGCUACGUUGGAAAACGAUUCGAUAGUAAAAACGAAAAUCUUAAUUUGUACAGUUUAUAUUUUUAUACAUCGAAUGUAACGUAAAUCAAAACAUAACCUGAGACUCAUGUGUCAGUAAAGUUAGGUACUGAGUGUUUCAAAGUGUUUCAAUGUGAAGAUUUUAUCGUGAUCAAAGUGAAUUGCAAUGGAACAACUACAAACCGCACUAACGGCGAUUAAAGUGUUACGUUCGAGCGUCGGCCAGGUGUUCGAUUCACUCGGGAACGGAUUACGAGCCGAACAUGGAGAAGAAAACAAGGAAAAUAAAUAUUUACUAGAGUUACAGGAACUUUUAACAACUGUUAAUGUUAAUUUAAGGGAUGUCGAGCAAGCUGUAGGCAGCUUAAAUCCACCACCAGGUCCAUUUAAUUUAGCAAGCACUACGUAUCUCACUCAGGAAACGACGCAAGAAAGACAAGCAUUAUAUAGCACAUUAGUUAACAGUUACAAAUGGACAGAUAAAGUUCAUGAGUAUAGCAACGUUGCUCAAGUAUUACUUAGUCAAAAUUCUUUAAAGAGAUCCUACAAUACUACUAGCAGAGCUAAAAGAGGAAGGGUCCAAACGAGUAAUCAUAAUGUUCCUCAACAACAAGUUGAUUCUCUAAUAGCCUCAUUUGAUAGACUUUUCAAUGACAUGACAGUAUCCGUAUCUCGUCCGUUUGCAUCAAACGCAGUAUUACACGUUACCUUAGGACAUGUUUUAAAAGGAGUGAUAGCAUUUAAAGGUUUAAUGAUCGAAUGGGUAGUAGUCAAAGGGUACGGGGAAACUAUGGACCUAUGGACAGAAUCUAGGCACAAAGUAUUCAGGAAAGUGACUGAAAAUGCUCACGCCGCUAUGUUACAUUUUUAUUCGCCAGCGUUACCUGAAUUGGCUGUUCGAUCAUUUAUGACUUGGUUUCACAGUCUAAAUAAUUUAUUCAGUGAACCAUGCAAACGUUGUGGGUUACAUCUCCACAGUGCCUCGCCUCCAACGUGGAGAGAUUUUCGUACCUUAGAACCAUAUCAUCAAGAAUGUAAACCAUAAGUUUUCUUAGUAUAAUUUUCAAUAAUAAAUAUAAUUUUUUAUGAAAUAUA